CUCGUGACCACUCCAUCCGAGUGCAGUGCAGUGCCGCGCGGCCAUGGCGCACGUCCCGCUGGGCGCCUUUCUCGGCUAUGUCAUUGGCCUUUUGAUCCUCAUUGCCUUCCUUGCGGCCGUGGCUGUGACCGGGAGCUUGCAACCGGGGUUCCCCGGGUGGGAGGUGGUUGAGAUUUGUGGACCAUUUUACCAAAUUGCAAACUUCUUCUUCUUCUACGCGGGCAUCCUACAUGACGUGGCCUUCAUUCGUACUUGUGUGGUCUUGGGCUUCCUCUUCAUCACGGCCUAUUUGCUCUAUGGCACCCCGGCAUGGCCACAGAUCUGGGAGCCCGAGCGGGCCUUCUUUCGCAUGGACUCGGUCUUCUGGAUGAUCUUGGCCCUCGUCGUGAACGUUGUGCCGCUGCUUCGGCAGAUCCGCUUCGACGACUCGAAAGUGAAGUUCUGCGUCGCGGAUGAAACCCAAGAACGUUGGGCUGAGGCAGUGUGGCGGGAGUGGUGGCGCCGUAGCGGGAUCCCACGUGCGGACUUCAAGGACAUUGUCGAAGCCGGAGAAUUUCUGGAGCUGGUUGCAUCGACAGAGCUUCCGUUGAAGAUGUCCGAGAUAGACUCUGACGGGACUUUCUCUGAUAGCGAUGGCAGUUGGGAGGAUGAGAGCGAUGUAUUUUACUACAUCGUCACUGGGAAGAUUCAGUUGACGCCGGACGUCGACAGCGGCGUGAAGGUUUUCACCUUUGAUGAUGGCUACUUCGUGGAUGGUGCUCGCUUUGUGACGGCUCUGGGCCAAAGCUCUGUGAUCUUUGCAAUGCAGCAGCAACUCCCAACAGUCAAGGUGGUCUCGGAGAAGGCCUUAGUGAUCAGGUGGACAUUGAGAUCUAUCCAUGAGAAGAUCGUUAAAUCCAACGGCUUCGCACUGGAAUGCUUGAGACUCGUGGUUGCCUCAUCCACUUUGGAUUCCCUCUACCGAACCGCCGUGAAGGAGGACAGUCUGUGUACCUUCCAAGCAGUGGAUCAGAUGAAGAAGGAGUGCUUGCGAGGGCCGCUGCCGAAGAACGCGGCCAUGCUCCAGCGGUCCUUUCUGCAACAGUUCUACUUGAGUCAUUUUACUUGGGCAGACCUUUGGCGCCCGAGCCCUCGCCAGCGCGCCAUCAAUGCGGUGCAGACAGGAAGCCGCGAGUUGGCUUUUCGCCAAACCUGCCAAGAGACCGACGACCGCAUGCGGAGCAUGGUGCGACUUGCCAGCGACGCCACGUCCGGGUCAGUGUGAGGACGCAGACGGAACGGAAGCGGAACCGGCAGAAGAUGUCAUGGACAUUUCUACAGUAAUGUAGACUUUUGAUCAAUGAAACUCCCC